AAACAUAAACACGACUUUUCCUCGACCAUGCGUCACUUGGUUGUGUUUGUGUGUUUUAAAAUGGAAUUGAUGAACGCUGCCGAGCUCUUUGUUUCGUUCACUAUCACACCGUACGAUUUCCGAAACCGAACAACGGUUGUGGAAGAGUCUGUGUGGCCGUGAUGAAGAUUCAUCUGUUCUGUUUCUGUUGUGAUGAAAAUGGAUGAAAAUGGCGAGCAAGAGACCUGUUCUCUCGGCUGCUUCUGAAUCUUUGCCGUGUUCUUCGGACCCUUUGCGAGAACUUUUCGAAGCUUGUAAAACGGGGGAUAUUGUGAAAGUGAAAAAGUUGGUGUCUCCGCAAACGGUGAACGCCCGAGACACUGCGGGGCGGAAAUCCACCCCACUGCAUUUCGCAGCUGGUUAUGGUCGAAGAGAUGUUGUUGAGCUGUUGCUAGCUUCUGGUGCAUCGAUUCAAGCUCGAGAUGACGGUGGUCUGCACCCACUACACAACGCCUGUUCCUUUGGGCAUGCUGAUGUCGUCAGAUUAUUAUUAGAAGCAGGAGCCAAUCCAAAUACUAGAGAUAAUUGGAAUUAUACUCCUCUUCACGAAGCAGCUAUCAAAGGCAAAGUGGAUGUGUGCAUUGCUUUACUUCAACAUGGAGCAGAUGCCAGUAUACGAAAUACGGAAGGGAAAACCGCCGUGGAGUUGGCAGAUGCUGCAACGCGGCCAGUAUUGACUGGAGACUACCGCAAGGAAGAGCUGCUAGAAGCUGCUAGAUCAGGUGCUGAAGAUAGACUGCUUGGUCUUCUAAAUCCUCUAAAUGUUAACUGUCAUGCAAGUGAUGGACGAAGAUCUACACCACUUCAUCUAGCAGCUGGAUACAAUAGAAGCAGAGUAGUUCAACUUCUCUUACAACGAGGAGCAGAUGUCCAUGCCAAAGACAAAGGUGGUCUGGUGCCUCUUCACAAUGCUUGUUCUUAUGGGCAUUUUGAAGUGACAGAGAUGCUGCUGAAGCAUGGUGCCUUAGUAAAUGCAAUGGACUUGUGGCAAUUUACUCCUUUGCAUGAAGCUGCAUCAAAGUCCCGAGCGGAAGUUUGCUCAUUGCUGUUAAGCCAUGGAGCAGAUCCUACUCUUCUAAACUGUCACUCCAAGUCAGCACUUGAUGUGGCUCCAACUCGAGAACUACAGGACCGCUUAGCCUAUGAAUUCAAAGGACACUGUCUACUGGAAGCUGCAAGGCAAGCCGAUCCGGCAAGAGUAAAGAAAUAUUUGACAGCUGAGCUAGUUAAUUUUAAGCACCCAUAUAAUGGGGAUACUCCACUUCAUGUUGUUGUUAGCUCCACGUCCCCAAAGCGUAAGCAAAUCAUUGAUAUGCUGGUGCGUAAAGGUGCCCAUUUGAACGAGAAGAACAAGAACUUCCUCACACCACUGCAUAUAGCAGCUGACAAUUCUCAUUUUGAUGUGAUGGAUGCUCUACUGCGACAUGGUGCGAAAGUCAACUCCCUCGAUGCUUUAGGACAAACAGCUCUGCACCGUGCUGCCCAUGAGGACAAUGUCCAGGCUUGUCGUAUUUUGCUUUCCUACAAUGUUGAUCCAGGUAUUGUAUCUCUCCAAGGUUACACAGCAGCUCAAGUGGCAACUGAUAAUGUCACAAAAAUUCUUCAGACAACAAAGCCAACGGAACCUGUUGCUAGCUGUGUGGAUGUUGAAAGUCAGAUGCUAGAGGCCGCCAAGGCAGGAGAUUCAGAACAAGUUCAAAGACUCCUUACAGCCUAUCCUCAAAUUGUUAACUGCCGUGAUCUAGAUGGACGGCAUUCUACCCCUCUUCAUUUUGCUGCUGGGUAUAACAGAGUCACUGUAGUUGAGUAUUUGCUUGCGCAAGGUGCAGAUGUACAUGCUAAAGACAAAGGCGGUCUGGUACCCUUGCACAACGCAUGUUCCUAUGGACACUAUGAAGUGACUGAACUCCUGGUCAAGCAUGGUGCAAGUGUUAACGUGGCAGAUCUAUGGAAAUUUACACCGCUUCAUGAAGCUGCUGCCAAAGGCAAAUAUGAAAUCGUUCGACUGCUCCUCAAGCAUGGAGCUGAUGUGACAAAAAAGAAUCGUGAUGGAGCGACACCGCUUGAUCUUGUGAGGGAAGGCGAUCAGGAUGUUGCUGACCUCUUGAGAGGCAAUGCGGCAUUACUGGAUGCUGCUAAGAAAGGCAACUUGGCCCGUGUCCAACGUCUUGUCACUGCCGAUAAUAUCAACUGUAGGGAUGUUCAGGGUCGUAAUUCUACACCUUUACAUCUUGCAGCGGGCUACAACAAUUUAGAAGUGGCAGAGUUUUUGCUGGAGCAUGGUGCUGAUGUUAAUGCACAGGACAAGGGUGGCUUGAUCCCCCUGCACAAUGCUUCUUCAUACGGCCACUUGGACAUUGCUGCCCUGCUCAUCAAGUAUUCGACUGUGGUCAAUGCCACUGACAAGUGGGGCUUCACUCCUCUUCAUGAAGCCGCCCAGAAAGGGAGGACGCAGCUUUGUGCUCUGCUGCUCGCUCAUGGCGCGGAUCCGUUCCUCAAGAACCAGGAGGGGCAGUCGCCGGCAGACCUUGCCACGGCAGAGGACGUCAAGUGCCUGCUGCAGGACGCCAUGGCCUCCCAGCAGGGCAUCGCCACCUCACCGCCCGGUUCCGGUUCCGGUUCGGGCCGGACGCAGUCGGUGGCGGCGGCCGCCGCGACGCCGGUGCCGACGCCGUCCUCCCCGCCCUCGCCCAACGCCUCUGGCGCCAGCGGCGGCGGCAGCGCGGAGUUGGUGGUGAUGCCGUCCGGGACGCCGGUGCCCUUGUCCAUCCCCGUGGCCAACGCGCGCACCGGGACCGGGCGCGCCUCCCCCAUGCCGGCCCCCCACGGCGACGGCUGCUGCUCGCUGCCGGACUGCCAGAAGGCCGAGGGCAACGCCGUCGAGUCCGCCCCGUCGAACAUCACGAGUGUGCCUGGAUUCCUUACCAGCCUGGGAUUGGAGCAUUUACUUGAGUUGUUCGAGAGGGAGCAGAUCACACUAGAUAUUCUUGGAGAGAUGGGUCAUGAGGAUUUGAAGCAAAUUGGUAUCAGUGCAUAUGGAUACCGACACAAACUCCUUAAGGGUAUUGAAAAGUUGUAUUCAAGUAAUGGAAACACAAAUCUUGCUCCAUUACCUCCUGGUACAUUAUUAGUUGACUUGCUGAGUGAUGAUAAAGAAUUUAUCGCUGUGGAUGAGGAAAUGCAAAGCACUGUGCGGGAGCAUCGAGACAAUGGCCAUGCUGGUGGAAUAUUUUCCCGAUACAACAUUAUCAGGAUACAAAAAGUUCAGAAUCGCAAACUUUGGGAGCGCUAUUCACACAGACGGCAAGAAGUUAGUGAAGAAAAUGGCAACCAAGCAAAUGAAAGAAUGCUCUUUCACGGUUCACCUUUUAUGAAUGCUAUAGUCCAAAAGGGUUUUGAUGAACGUCAUGCAUACAUUGGUGGCAUGUUUGGUGCCGGAAUAUACUUUGCAGAACACUCCUCAAAGAGUAACCAAUAUGUUUAUGGAUUUGGUGGGGGCACAGGUUGUCCUUCCCAUAGGGAUAGAUCUUGCUACAUCUGCCACAGGCAGUUGCUCCUUUGCCGUGUCACUUUAGGCAAAUCCUUCUUGCAGUUUAGUGCCAUGAAAAUGGCUCAUGCACCUCCAGGUCAUCACUCUGUUCUCGGUAGACCUAGUGCAGGUGGUCUCAACUUCCCUGAGUAUGUUAUUUACCGUGGCGAACAAGCUUAUCCGGAGUACCUCAUAACAUACCAAAUUUUAAAACCAGAGUCUGUUGCUGAUGAUACAGAGGCCAGAUGAAGACUGUUUUCCUUUGCAUGCUGUUUGCCUCGGGUCACCAGUAAAUAGGGGUUGGAGGAUGGCUAAAGUAGCUUUUGUCAUGACUAUCAAUCAAUGCUCCUCUUCUGACUUGUUAGGAGGGCAGUUGAUGAAAUGUUUGGUGCUCAUGAUUCACAUGAAUUGUAAUCAUUUUGCAAUAUCUGCUUUUAGACAAUUUUUGACUGGAAUUUCUUUUUCCAAGUGGGUAAUUGUAGUAAUGCAUUAUCUAUCAUAUGUUUGAGUAAGCCUGCAUAACAUCAAGUUAUUCUUGGAGCAGUUUUCUCUAAUUAUGUUGUGAAACAAGAGAUGUGCUUCAGCUGAGGUACAAGAAUGUUAGUCGUUGGCAUAAUACAAUUAGAAGUGUACAUGUAAUUUUGUAAAAUAUGAUAAUUUAUUUUAUCGAGUUACCACUGUGGUUGGGCAGGAAUGUUGGUUGAAUACCUCUUGUAGUGUGGCCACAAAUAUGCAUGUAAAUGGAUAUGAUUUUCUUUUAUAUUUGGUUGUGAUAUGUAUAUAACAAUUGUCAAUAUUCAAUCAAGUCUAUCAACUGAAUUCAUAAGCUGUAAAUGAGACUAAAAGCAUUUUUUAACUUUUAUUUCUUUCUGUAGCAUUUUGUCUUUUAAUUUCAGGUAACAAGAUAUGAUGCUUUCUUUUUGUGGUAAUUUCAAUUAACUGGACAUUAACUGUUUGUAGUCUUUCACAUAGUAUUUUUGGGUCAAGGGGAAUUGUGUAGCAACGGUUCAAACUGGAACAAAAAGAGAACCAUUUUGUAGCAUUUUAAUUACUCAAGAAUAUUUUCCUCCUGUAGUUCUUUUGCAUUUUUAGAACUGUGGCAAAGGCAUUGGUGCUGCAGACAUUUGGUUUUCUUCUUGUUUUUUCCCCCCAUUUUUGAUGGUAUUGAAUCAUCUGUUUCAGCAGUAUGGUGAAUUUGUCUCAUUUUGUUACUUUUCACCCUGUAUAUAUUGCCUCAUGCGUUCUUCACCUUUUAUCAUAGACUUUUCCUCUCAAAGAAAUAUAAGGUAUUAUGUUUUAUUUGUGUGAUAUUUUGUAGCUUUUCAGCUACUCAUCAUUUUCCUCAUACAUAGUAAUAUUCUAAUUCAACUUUUGUCUGUGAUUUAUUGAUUCUUGCUAGACGAGUCCUAUUUCCUCCAUCUCUCUUCUUGUAACAUGUUCACCACAAUGACGUCACCACACUUGUGGUUACGUUCCCUUCACAAUGGAUUCAUUUUAUAGUGAAGGUAUUUUUUGCUGAUGUGCUUUUGGUAACUGUGUAAUUUUACUUGUUUAAAGCUCUCUGACAUAUUUGUAGAGCUGGGUGUGUAUACAUUUGGUUUUGAGUCUUUAAAGAUAAGACUUUCAUCAGAGCCCUGAAUGGAUUUGUGAUCGAAAUACAAAAGAGAAACAAAACUU